GGCAUUAUAGCGGAUAAAAUAUACAUAUUUGCUACGAUCUAUGUCACCAAUAGACACCAAGCCACAUUCCUGAAAGGAACACUGACCAAAUUGCGAGACUUCACGGAAGGUACUUUGUUGGUAGGGGGGGACUUUAACACCCCCCUGGAUCCGACACUGGACUCGUCCUCAGGCCAUAGCUGUAUACCCCAACGCAACAUCCGAUCCAUUCGGAACUCCUUGAAUAAUCUGGGCCUGGUCGACUGCUGUAGGGCCAUCAAUCCAUCCAGUAAAGAUUUCACACAUUAUUCUGCUCUCCACGACCGUUACGCACGAAUUGACUAUCUCUUUGUCAAACAAGAGGGACUCUCCCGCCUAAUCAAAGCAACCAUCGAACCGGCAACUUGUUCGGACCACAACCCGGUCCGGAUAGACUUA